AUGGCCUGGAAUCUUUCCAUCGAGUGUCCGUCCCCAGCCAACAACGCACGGAAACACCUCAUCGAGUCUACAUUCCUGGCCCCGUUGGACCUCGACCGCCGCCAGUUCUCACUCCUGCACAAGACUGUCCUCGGUCUUGCCUACACCAACCUCCCAGCACUGCUCGCUACCUGCUCACCCGACGCCCUCAACGCCCGCGACUGUCAUGGCCGUACCGCUGUCCUCAUGGCCGCCUGGCGCGGCGAUCUGAAAGCCGUGACUGAAAUCCUCGCAGCUGGCGCCGAUCCCGACUUGCACGAUGGUGGUGGCCGCUCCCCGCUGCAUUACGCAGCUAUGACGGCAUCGGAUGUUUGUACUCGGGCCCUGGUGCGGGGUGGUGCGGAUGUCAACAAGGUCGACAAUUAUGGUGAGACGCCGCUGCAUUGUGCGUGUAGCUGCGCCCGCUUGGCCAAUGUAGAGUACCUCCUAUCUGUGGGGGCGUGGCUGGACAUGGCAAACGAGGGGGGAGUGACGCCUCUUAUGGCGGCAGUCAUGGCGGGAGAUGUGGGGGUUGUUGAGGCGUUGAUAGCAUACGGGGUGAACGUGGAGGUCAAGAAUAAGGGUGGUGAGACGGCGGUUGGGCUGGCGGUGUGGGGGGACCAGACGGAUAUUGUGGGGGUGUUGGUCGAUAAGCACAAAGGGAGAGCGAGGCUUGAUGUUCACAAUGAUAGUGGGAGAACGGUGCUACACACCGCUGCGAGAUAUGCGGGGGUUCAGACAAUGAAGAGGUUGCUGUUGAGCUUUGGAGAGCAACCUCCAGGGGAAAGUGGUGUUAGACUAGGAAGUAGGGUCGACGGGCAGGGGAUGACUGCGCUGGAGAGGUUGAUGGAAAGUGGGGACUUGACGAGGGAGUUGGUCAAGUGUUUUGAAGCGUUGUUGGUCAAGUCUACAAGAAUCAGUCCUUCGAAGGAUGUGGAGGAAUUGUACAAAGCCUGGGGAGGAAAUAGAGGGAUUAAGCUCAAGUGA